AUGAACCUGGCAGGCCCGGGGGUCGCGGGCUCCGGCCCGUUUCUCUACGCCAACUUCAACCAGGACCUGAAGGCCUUGCAGAUGCUCGGGUCGGCCGAAGCCCAGGUGCCACCCGGAGGUGCGACGCCCAAGACCCUAGUGCUGGGCAGCCAGGGCGGCUCUUGCGUGUACUCGUUGGCCUCGGUGGAGGAACUGGACGUGUUGUAUGAGUGCACGGAGGUGACGGAUGUGUGCCUCGUGGAAAGCUUGUUCUCGGGGCGGGAGGGCCUCGUGGCCCUGGUGAGUUUGCAAGCCCCCCGCAAGCUCAGAGUUUACAACACCAGGACCCGGAAGGAAUUCUGCGCCUUCAGCUACUCCAGCAAGAUCCUGGCGGUGAAGGCCAGCCCGCUGCGGCUCCUCGUGUGCCUGGAAGAAUCUCUCUUCAUUUACACCCUCUGGAACCUCGACUUGCUGCACAUCAUCAAGGAGACCCCCUCGAACCCCGACGGGGUGUGCGCGCUGUCGGCGACCAGUUACUUGGCCUACCCGGGCAGUGCCAGCUUCGGGAAGGUGCAGGUCUUCGACGCCACGCACUUGCGAGCCUCCACCACCCUCCUGGCCCAUGACAGCCCCGUGGCCGCGCUGGCCUUCGACCUCAACGGGACCAAGCUGGCCACAGCCUCCGAGAAGGGGACGGUCAUCAGGGUGUUCUCCAUCCCCGAGGGGCAGAAGCUGCACGAGUUCCGCAGAGGCCUCAAGAGGUGCGUGGCCAUCUACUCGCUCGCCUUCAGCUCGGACGGCGCCUUCUUGGCCUCGUCCAGCAACACCGAGACGGUGCACGUCUUCAAGCUCCAGAGCGAGGAGGAGAAGCUGGAGGAGUCGGCCACAUGGUGCGGGUACCUGGGCAAAGCCCUCCUGGCAUCCAGCCCCUACUUGCCUUCCCCCGUCUCCCAAGUGUUCAGCCAGGACAGAGCCUUCGCCACCGUCCACCUGCCUUUCUGUGGCCACAGAAACAUCUGCGCACUGGCCACGAUUCAGAAGGUGCUCCGAUUACUGGUGGCAGCGGCCGACGGGUAUUUAUACAUCUAUCAGCUGGACCCCCAGGAUGGAGGCAAUUGUACCCUGAUGAAACAGCACCAAUUAUUUGACGGUGUGGAGAUAACCAGUGAAAUCUUGGACCUCUCAGUCUGA